UAUCAGUGACAAUGGUGCAAAUUAUCGAAAAUGUGGAACCUAACCGAAUCGCUGAUUUUUUUAAAGAUAAAACGAUUUUGAUAACAGGAGGUACCGGAUUUUUAGGGAAGGUUUUGAUUGAAAAGUUGUUGAGGAGUUGCACGGAUUUGAGGAGGAUUUAUAUUUUGAUAAGGGCGAAAAAUGGGAAAAAUAUACACGAUCGACUGCAGGACAUUUUCAGCGGACCCUUAUUCGACAUGCUCAAAAAACAGCACGGAAAAAUCGUCCUCGAAAAAGUCGAGCCAAUCUGUGGCGACAUUAGCGCCCCUGAUUUGGGUUUGAGUCCCGAAGACCGCAAAAAACUAGUCCAAGAGACCGAAAUCAUCUACCAUUCGGCCGCAACCGUUCAAUUCGAUGAACCAUUCAAAAAAACGGUUUUACUCAAUGUUCGAGGCACUCGUCUCAUGCUCACAUUGGCGAAAGAGUGCAAAAAAUUGCUCGUAUUUUGUCACGUAUCCACAGCCUACUGCCAAGAAACGCAGGAAGUACUCAAGGAGAAGACCUACCCCCCUCCAUGUGACCCCCACCGGAUUAUCGACAUUUGUGAAUGGAUGAAUGAAGAUACUCUGGACACGAUCGCACAACAUAUGAGGGGGGCCAGUGCCAACAAUUACACGUUCACUAAAGCCUUGGGUGAAGGUUUAGUGACUGAACAAAUGGAAACUCUCCCUGUAAUCAUUCAAAGGCCCGCGGCUGUGGUUCCAAUUUGGAAGGAGCCAGUGCCUGGGUGGACCGACAACAUAAAUGGUCCCACAGGCCUCUUGAUCGGGGCCGGCAAAGGUGUAAUAAGGACCAUGUAUGGACGUAGCGAUUACUUUGCCGAUUAUGUAGCUGUUGAUAUUAUCGCUAAUGGUUUGAUCGUUACGGCUUACGAUUACGUCACGUACAGAGUACGCCGUGUGUACAACAUGACCUCAUCCGACGAGCACUUAGUCACAUUUCAGGAAAUAAUCGAAAUGGGCCAAAAAAUCCUCAACACACAAGUGGCCUUCGACUGGGUGCUUUGGUACCCAGGUGGUGGCAUCACCAAUUCCCGUCUUUGGCACAACAUCCGAUUUUACUUUUUCCAAUUUCUUCCGGCGAUUUUAAUCGAUAUAAUGCUCAUGUUGUUUGGACUUCGGCCCUUCCUCACACGAGUCCAACGAAAAAUCAAACGCGGUUAUCAAAUUUUCGAGUAUUAUUCGAACAGACGCUGGGAUUUUCGCAAAGACAACGCUGCCGUCAUCCGAAAAUGGAUGAACGAAACUGAACGAAAAGUGUUCAAAGUGGACGAUGAAGGGUUGGAUUAUUACGAUUAUUUCGUGACGUGUACUUUAGGCGCACGGAGGUAUAUUAGGAACGAAAAGGAUGAGAAUAUACCAAGUGCCCUAAGACGGCUCAAAAUGAUGUGGUUCGUCGACAAACUAUGCAAGGUCUUAAUCGUCGUUGGAUUUUUUUAUUAUCUCUUUAAAAAAAUUUCAGCCGUUUUUGGUAUUUGAUGGAGGUGGUCUGGAUGGGGUUGUUCGAUUCUUAGUCUUUUUCUAGUGCAUUUCUAUUUAUUUUCAUCGGCCGUUUCCGGAUCAUUUUUUAUCUAGCGUUAGGAUUAGAAAAUAAUUUGUACUAUAAGUAACAACUGUAUGCAUUACGAAU